AUGCCAGCAUUUUUAGCACCAACAGCGAACGCCACAGGAGCUUUCAAUGACAGCAACCUCACAGUUAGUCAGUGGGACACAGUCGACGAAGAUCGCAAACACGCGUAUUUUACUAACACCUCGUCGCAUGUAAAAGCGCUCAUCCUGACAGUAUUCGUGUUGUCUUCUCUACUCACAACGGUUGGCAAUGGACUAGUGAUGAUCAUCAUAGCAAGGAUUCAGCGACUGCGAACGGCAGCCAACCUCACGAUCGCAAAUCUGGCCUGCUGUGACUUUGUAAUGGGCUGUACAUUCUGGACAGCGGUGCUACGUCGUGAAACGAUGCUGCAGUGCGCGGUUUUCUCGUGGUACGCUGUCACAACGACGUUAGUGUCGAUGAUGGGUCUUGCGCUCUUAACGAUUAACCGAUACGUGGCGAUCGUGUAUCCGUUACACUACUACCAGCUGAUGCCUCCAGCACGCACUGGUGCUCUCAUUGUGGCAUGCUUCGUGUACUGCUUGGCAAUUGGUGCUGCAGCUACCAUCCAAGUAUCAUUUUUUUGGCAGCCGACCUCAAUAUGUGUCGUUGAUCAAGUGUUGCCAGCCGGUUUUGUGUACUUUUUUGCCGGUCACUAUUUUGUUAUAUUCAUCCUUAUGACUUACUGCUACACCGUCAUUGCCAAGAUCGCCUGGGCGCACACAAAAAGAUUGGCGACGGCAUCAGAUGCGGAGAGACGGGAAAUGACCGCUUUCCACGCGACGCUGAAGAUGUCAAAGAUCAUACUUACCGUCGUCGGCACCUCAACUACUCUUCUCGCACCGCACCUGUUCCACAUGAUACUGAGCCACAGCGUUCCGUUUGAAAAGCUUCAAACGCUCCGGGUGUAA